GCCGAAAAUAACGCGCUCGAUCGGUAAAAACUUUAGGCUUUAGGCACGCCAAAGCACACAAUAUUGGUGAGAAAGUCACUUUCGUUCAGAUCAGAUUUACUUUUAUAUCUUUACUUCAUUUGCUUGAUAUUUUAUCCCAUGCAUCGUAGUCAAUCGUAGUUUAGAUUGGAGAACGAACGGAGGAACAUCGAGCCUGUCGGUAGUGUCGGUUAUUUCUUGUUUCCGAUAUCGCCCGGCGCCCGGCGCCCGGCGCAAGAGUUGUCAGUUGUCAGGGUUGUCGGACGACGUGGCCGAUGAUUGAGUAUGAAGAGUAGAGGAGUAUGAGUAUGGUGGGCAGUGCAAAUAAAACGACGAUAUUAUCACGAGUUUCCGAUAUGUCACGCAGCGAGGCUCAAUAAAGCGGGUAUUGUUUGCGAGUUGGAUUCUCUGGCCACGUUUCAACGUCGUUUCGAUUUCCCGGCUCCGCUGUCGCACGACGCGGACGUUGCAACAUGGGUCUGUGCAAGUGUCCGAAAAGAAGAGUAACGAACCAAUUUUGUUUUGAACAUCGCGUCAAUGUAUGCGAACACUGCAUGGUUACGAGUCACCCAAAGUGUAUAGUGCAGUCAUAUUUACUAUGGCUCCAUGACCAUGAUUACAAUCCAGUUUGUACGCUAUGUUCGGAUAAAUUGAGCGACGGCGAUUGUAUAAGAUUAACGUGCUAUCACAUGUAUCAUUGGGUAUGCUUGGACCGAUACGCCAGAGAUCUGCCGGCGACUACUGCCCCAGCGGGAUACGCUUGUCCUACGUGUAGAGUGUGUAUUUUUCCACAACCAAAAUUGGUAUCGCCAGUCGCAGAUGUUUUGAGAGAGAAAUUAGCCACUGUCAACUGGGCUCGAGCUGGUCUUGGCUUACCAUUGCUAAGUGACGAUAGGGAACAAAAACCAGAACACGAACGGUCUUCGAUAACUGUAGAAAACUCUCUGUUCCAAAAUCAUACAGCAGCUAUACCGUCGUCACCCACGGUGGCUGUGUCUCGUACAAGCAGUACCAUAAAUUCAAAUUCCAUCGUCAGCAAUGUACAUGCGAACAAUCAGAAGCUUGGCCCACCUUAUUCGGUUGUAAAUAUAGAUUCGUCUCUGGGAUUAUCUACUCCGGCAUCUAGGAAGGUAUGCGAAGCUUACGACGAUCCAAAGGACAUGUCCUUCGAUCACGAUGAGAACAAAUACCAACGCAAGUCAGCCAUAGAAUGGUUCCGAAGAUGGUGGAAACUGAUAUCGAGAGCACCAGUACGACGAAAAACUGCGGGAUCUCUGUAUAAGAGAUACGCAAUAUUGUCCGUUAUCGGUAUAUUGUUCUUCGUUGGAAUUAUUUUGCUCUUUUCGUGGCUAGGCAGAAUGGCGACGGAUGGCGAUCCAAAUUUCGACGUGAUAGCGAAUCCUAAUCUGAAAUUCGGCGAGAAGUCUGUAAUUUAAUAUGUCGUGCAUCACGAGGGGUAAUAAUCGUCGGUCACGAG